AGUCACACUAGUUCAGUUUUAAAGUACUGCAGCAGUGUAACAGUGGCUGUAGAUACGUGGAAGGUUGAUGGGGAGUAUGAAUCCACAUCCAAUGCUAUUCCAUUAGUCUGUGAGAAGACCAAAAUAGUAAGAUGCCAGUUUUAGGAUCAGGAUGAAAUUUCAUUCCGUUCAUGGUCGAAACGUCGAAUUAGAAGACGGCGGUACUCGAGCAAUCCGCAACGCUUCCUUCUGUGACGCUAUAACAUUCGGAAACAAGCCUUUAUCUAUUAACUCCCGGAUUUCCAUUCAGCUUAACGCCUGUGAAGAAUGGAGCGGAGCUUUGCGUCUAGGGGUGACGUCACAUGACCCCAGUUUACUAGCGCCCUCUAUGCUUCCCCGUUUUGCCUGUCAAGAAUUUUUUUCAAAAGAGGGAUUUUGGGCUCGACCUGUACCAGAAGAAUGGGCUGGAGACGACAACAAAUUAACAUUUUACAUCAACAACCAAGGGUACUUUCACGUAUUUGUCAAUAACGAACACAAGGGGGCGCUACUGUCGGGUCUUCCGGUUAAGGAGCAGCUUUGGCCUGUUCUAGACCUCUACGGGAUAACGGUGUCAAUCAAGUUUAUAGCAACAGAAAGUAAUCCACCUGAAGAGGUUGUCGCUAGGGGUCCUGAAGCUCUUCGAGCGUAUGAACACGCCUGCCUUGAAGGCAGCGUUCCUCUUUCUCAUGCACGUAUAUUUCUUAUUGGACCACUAGAUGGCGAUAACUCUUUGCUGAAGUGGAAACUGGUAGGAAAAAGUGUUCCAGAAGAAGAGAAGGAACGGAAUUUUUUAGGAAUCGAUACAACAUUUACGUGCCAAACAGUUGAAGAAAAGGGGAAAAGCUGGAAGAUUAUCAGUAGUUUAAAUGAAGAAGAAAUGACGGACACGAACAAAAAAGUUUUUUCCACAACGUUUGAAUAUGACCGAGUUGAAGAAAAAUACUACCAAGCAAUUGCAGAAAAUAUUGUUAGGGAACUUCUUCUGCAACGAAAGAAGAAACAAGAAGAAAAAAAAAGAUCUCCAUUUGUACGAAGUGCUCUACGGCUGCACUCAAGUCUUUCUAAGAAAUCAACGUUUAGCCGUAGUUCCAAUAAAAUUGAAAAUUUAGAAAAUAUCAACCUCAAUAAACAAACUAAACGAGAUUCUAGUGAUCCAAAAUGUUCCUCCUGGGCCGAGGACAUUCCAGAAGACAUUCCCGAAAAAGUGGUCACUCUCGUGGAACUUCUCUUGAAAGAGGCUGAAUCCAAACAAGACUGGGAUAAAAAAGAGUCGGAAAAACCAGUUACUUGCUACACAGAUAUACUUUUUAAUGUUUGGAACUUUUCGGAAGAUAUUUUUCACCUCCUUCCUCAUCAGAUAUUUGCAACGUCUCAGGCUAUUUACAUGUACGUUCUAGACUUGAACCAAGAUCUUGAUGAACCUAUUCCUAACCUUUCCGAAAAAAAUGAGUCAGGAAUGACUCCUUUGAGCUUACUUCACACAUGGUUAACAUCACUUCAUCUAACUGUGUCUCAGAACAAUAUCACUUGUAAUUAUAGUGAUGAGCGACAUCUGCCGGAAGAAAAAGAUGAAAUUCCUGCGCUUCGACCUCCUGUGCUUAUCGUUGGAAUGUUGAAGAAUAUAGAAAACACGAGCGAAGAAGACCACCACAUCAUGGUAGAAGAAAAGUUUGCAAGAAUUAGAGAAAGUCUUCAAAACGCUCCCUGUAAACACCACGUGGUACCCACGUGUUUUCUACUCGACUGGAUGGAUGCAGAGGUGUUAGAGACACAACUGGAGAAUUUGAGAUUAAGGAUACGAACGAUAGCGUUAGGUCAACCUCAGAUGUCUAUGGAAGUCCCUCUACGAUGGCUAGCAUUUCAUAGAGCCGUGCUAGAGUUGCCGAAGAAGGAAGUUUACAUAGCGGGAUAUUGUCAGCUCUACGAGAUUGCCCUAAGAGAAGGAAUUGUGGAGGAGGACGAGUUCUGGGCAAUGUUACACUUCCUGCACGAACAAGGAAAACUAAUUUCAUUUCCUAGUAAUCUAGUGGACAAAACCAGAGACGUGUGGGAAGGAAUAGCCAUUCUCAACCCUCAGUGGUUCAUUGACCACAUUUACAAACUCUUCGACUCUUCAGUUCUGAUACCAACAAAUGAGCAAUCUUCAGAACCAUGUGACGGCGACGAAAGAGUGGCUAACCAGAGUGCGAGAAUAGAUGUGUCAUAUGGUUAUCUUCCUGAUGAGUAUUUCACUUCAGCUUGGAGUGGUGCUAGGGACUGUAAACGUAAAUUAAUAGAUAUCUUAGAAACCUUGGGCCUUCUGUGUGACCCUGGAAAAGAACGGGACCAAGGCAGCACCGAUGACGUGCUAGAUUCGUAUUGGAUUCCUUGGGUUGCUAGGAAACGGACACCUCGCACGCCAACCCUUUUCGACGAGUCCCAUUGUUUACGUCUCUACUUAGAUUUUCACGGCUUGUUACCAGGGUUCUUUUCCCGGUUACUUACCAGAUUAGGUAACUGGUCGUGCAGACAAGCCUGGAGAAGGUUGCCCCAAUUAGUAGCUGGUCAAGCUCGAAUUGCUGUUGACCCUGAACAUGACUUGUUAGUGGAGAAUGCUUCUUUCGUUCAUGCGGAAAUUCUGGUAGUUUUAACCAGAGUAGACAAGCCUGAUAAUCAGAAUUGGAAUUUCACAUCACCAUCAGUGCAAGCGUGUGAAAAAGUACGCCAUCUUCUGGAAACUGAACUCGAGGCAUUACGUAAUAGCUGGUACAAACGCUUGUCUUAUCGUCUCUGUGUCUCCUGUCCUUGUAGAAAGAUUUGUGUGCAACAUGGUAUUCCAGGAUGUGACGGUCCUUCAUGUCUCCAUUUGCUUCCGCUCAGUGAGUGCCUAGCCCAAAAG